CCUUUCUCGGUCGCAUUUGUUCAAUUGACUUUCGAAUACUCCAAAAUGUCCUACGACCGCGAAGAACGCGAUAUCCCUCUCCGUCUCGCCGACCUUCAACUCCACAACCCCAACCCCUCCUCCUCGGACCCCCAAGAUGACAUCUCCCCCCGCGACGCCCACCUCCAAGCCGAACUCGCCGGCGUCAGAGCCCUCAACAACACCAUCAAAACCGUCCUCUCCUCCCUCCAAUCAACCGAGUCCAACAUGACCCACGUCGCACAUACCGUCCACUCCACAAACCGUCUCCUCGACUUGUGGAUCCGCGUACUCUCGCAAGCAGACCACACGCAAAGAUUACUCCUCGAUUCGCGAUGGCAGGGCGCCAGUGCAGAUUUGGAGAGAGCGGAGGCGGAGACGCUGUAUGCGCAACAACACCGUGAACGGGAACAAGCUGCGCAAAUCGCUGCCGAGCGCGCGAGAGCCGAAGCAGAAGUCCGUGAACGGGAAGCGAGACAACGGGCGGAGGAGGAACGUGUCGCACGAGCCGCGGCAGCUAAUUCGGCACCCACGUCGUCCGCUGGAACUGGAACUCGUGGUGGAAGGACGAUUCGUGGGACGACGAAGCCUGUUGUGCGGAGUUCGGGGUAUGGACGUAUCACGCCCUCGGAGACGAGUACGACAAGUUCGACAUCGAGUGGUAUCCGCCGUGGGGUUGGUAGAGGUUCGAGCAUGAUUGGCAGUACGAGGGAUGCUGCGACAGGAACGGGUACGGCGAGUACGAGGGGCGGAACGGGGACUGUGAGUCGGGUUCGGGGAACGAGUACGUCUACGUUGAGGAAGCCUAUGGGAAGCACGCGGUGAUGACGGUAGGGGAUGAGUUGUAAUGAUCCUAGUAUGUAGUGUUGGUCUUUUUCACAUUCGGUAGAGGUAUACCCGGCGUUUUCUCCAUCGGAAUUUGACUUUGUGCUUG